GGGGCGUCUUGAAAGGUUUGAUUAAUGCUGCGGUUUAGUAAAUACAUCUAAAUUUCUUUUUACUGUGUUACACUAUAGACUGCUAAGUUGUAGAAGUGUUUUUCAAGCUGUUCAACUUGUUUUCAAGCUGUGUACAUGAGACAUUCAGUUGUCUUCUUUGGGUCAUGGUACCUUCAUAACUGCCUGUUAAAAAACCCAUGACAACAGUCUUUUUCAUAUUCUUACGAUAGCAAAUUGUACAAUUCUGAACCCUCUACUCUCAGUAUCGUAAGAAGUAUAUUAUAUGUAGAUUUUUGGUUAAAAACACUCUGCCGUGAAAUUAUUUUCCAUGGCUUCAAGCAAAGACAAAGUUCUCCGUGAAAAGCUGAAGAGAUCGGGGUCGCUGAUGAUGAAAGACCCUCCAGCGAUUACUGCUGUCAACGGAGACAGAGUGUUUCAGCUCAAGGAACUCAACAUUAUUAAAACAAUAGGCACAGGGACGUUUGGACGAGUGUGUCUAUGUAGAGACAAAGUGACCACCAACUACUAUGCCAUGAAAAUCUUACAGAUGGCUGACGUCAUCAGACUAAAGCAAAUAGAACACGUAAAGAACGAAAAAACAAUUCUUCAGCAAAUUAAACACCCCUUUAUCAUUGAAUUAACGUGGACAACACACGACGAUACCUCACUCUAUAUGUUGUUCGAAUAUGUGUGUGGUGGCGAGCUGUUCACAUACCUCAGAAAUUCCGGCCGCUUCAAUAGCACUACAGGAAAUUACUACGCUGCGGAAAUAGUGCUUGUUCUGGAGUACCUCCAUAAGCAACAGAUUGUUUACCGGGAUUUAAAACCCGAGAAUUUACUAUUAGACAAAGAUGGCCAUUUGAAGCUGACCGAUUUUGGAUUCGCUAAAAUUCUGACCGAUAGAACAUGGACACUGUGUGGGACGCCGGAAUAUUUAGCGCCAGAAAUUAUCCAGAGUAAAGGCCACAAUAGGGCUGUGGAUUGGUGGGCUUUAGGAAUUCUUAUAUAUGAAAUGCUAGCCGGGUAUCCACCUUUCUUUGACGAGAAUCCGUUCGCUAUAUACGAGAAGAUUUUAGUUGGCAAGAUUGAAUGGCCACGACAUGUUGAUCCAGUUGCUAAAGACUUAAUUAAAAAGUUGUUGGUUCAAGAUCGAACAAAGAGACUGGGCAAUAUGAAGAAUGAAGCUGAAGACGUUAAAAGACAUAGAUGGUUUAAAGGAAUCGUAUGGGAUGAUGUUUUAAACAAACGUGUCAAGCCUCCUAUCAUUCCCAGUGUCAGCCAUAAUGGGGAUACUCGUUACUUUGACCGGUUUUCCGACAAAAAGUGGAAAAACAUUAAGGAAAAAAUAGAAGAAGAGGAGUUGGCUUACUUCAAAGAUUUUUGACAAAUUCUUGUAGUUGAAUGAAUGGAAUACAUAUUGUCCAAAGCAGGAAUUAUAGGACGUUGACAAAAGUCUGGUAAUUCUGAAAUAUCAAUAAACCAGGAAUAUUUUUACAAGAUGAAAUUCAUCAUUUGUAUUGUGUUCAUACAGUAAACCAGCUAAACAUAAAAGUGAAAUAAUUUCUCAAUACAGUAUUAUAUUACAGAUAUCGGAAAAAUAGACGUCUAUAUAUU